UAAUUAAAAAUUUAAAAGCUCAUCGUACUUUUAUCAUUCCAUGCGGUUGGUAAAAGAAGAAAAAAGGGCAUAACACAAAAACCAAACAAAGCUCAUGUUUUACUUCUCGAUUUCUCAGUCUGCUUAUUAUAAACAAACAUACAAAUUUAUUUAUUUAUUUUUUUCUGGUGGAUGUUAGCGACUGAUAUUAGCUCCUAUUAUCAGGACACUCGAAAUUCCAUAUUAAGAUGAGAGCAUGAUUUCUACAAUGUCAAUGGCAAACCCUUUGAAGAAGUUUGUGUCUUGUGUUAUCCUUGAUUUGGAUGGUACCCUUCUCAAUACAGAUGGAAUUGUAAGUGAUAUUUUAAAAGUUUUUUUGGUCAAGUAUGGGAAGCAAUGGGAUGGGAGAGAAGGUAAUAGAAUAGUAGGAAAGACUCCUUUCGAAGCUGCUGCUACUAUAGUUGAAGAUUAUAAGCUUCCUUGUCCUACAGAAGAAUUUAUUGCAGAAAUCACACCUAUGUUCUCUGAUCAAUGGUGCAAAAUUAAACCGCUUCCAGGUGCCAAUAGGUUGAUUAAGCAUUUUAUUGGUCAUAAUGUGCCCAUGGCACUGGCUUCAAACUCUCCAAGGGCAAAUAUAGAAGCCAAAAUUUCGUGUCAUGAAGGCUGGAAGGAAUCCUUCUCCAUCAUUAUUGGUGGUGAUGAAGUAAAAGCAGGGAAACCAUCUCCUGAAAUAUUUUUGGAAGCAGCUAGAAGGCUAAAUAUAGAACCAUCCAGUUGCCUAGUUAUUGAAGAUUCUUUGCCUGGUGUUAUGGGUGGUAAGGCUGCUGGCAUGGAAGUGGUUGCUGUGCCAUCAAUUCCAAAACAAUCCCAUCUUUAUACCGCAGCAGAUGAAGUCAUAAACUCUUUACUUGAUUUGCAACCUGAAAAGUGGGGCCUUCCUGCAUUUGAAGAUUGGGUUGAGGGUACCUUGCCCGUGGAACCUUGGCAUAUUGGUGGUCCUGUAGUUAAGGGGUUUGGUCGUGGCUCAAAGGUUCUUGGAAUCCCCACAGCUAAUCUAUCUACAGAAGGUUAUUCAGCGGUGCUUUCACAGCAUCCCUCAGGCGUGUAUUUUGGUUGGGCUGCAUUAUCAACACGGGGUGUGUACAAAAUGGUGAUGAGUAUCGGUUGGAAUCCAUAUUUUAACAAUGUGGAGAAGACUAUAGAACCAUGGCUGCUUCAUGAAUUUGAGGAAGAUUUCUAUGGUGAGGAGCUGCGACUUGUUAUAGUUGGCUACAUUCGACCAGAGGCCAAUUUCCCAUCACUUGAGAGCUUGGUAGCAAAGAUUCAGGAGGACAGAAAAGUGGCAGAGAUAGCCCUUGAUCUUCCAUUGUACUCAAAAUUUAGGGACGAUCCAUAUUUGAAAGGCUCGUCAUUAUGAUGACGAUGAUCCAUAAAGUCAUGUCAUGUAUUCUUAAAGGUUCUCCAGCAGAUUGUAACCAAGAAAGUAAAAAAAAAAAAAAAGAAGUUAUGGAGCAGAUGACCCUCUCUGUUAGGGGAGGAAAAGAAAAACAAAAGAAAGAAUUUUUCAAAUUCUAUAUUAUAUUCUCAUUCUCAUUCCCAUUCUGCUGAGAUGUAAUGCCACUCCCAUAUGAAGAUAAUGGGCGUGAAAUGAUGCAUUAGGGCUGGGAGGCCUGAUAAUGAGUAAUAAUUGCGACUGAUUAUGUACGCAAAUCACAAUUUCUUUGGGUGAAAUUAUAAUUAAUCUUACUUACGUUUUGUUAUUAA